AUGUUUUCGGAACGGCAGGAUUUCGUGGGAUGCGCAUGGGGAAUCAGGUACAUCGGAUACAUGAUGGCCUGCUUCCACGCAGCCAAUUCCAGCUGCUCCUUCCUCUCCGGCUGGCUGGUGAAAUACGUGGACCGGCUGUACAUCUUCAUCUUCGCAGGCCUCCUUCAUGCAUCCACGCUGCUCGCCUUGUUCUUCUGGCAUCCUUCGCCCGACCAUGCUUGGGCGUUCUUCGUCGUCGCCGGUGCUUGGGGCAUCUGCGAUGCCGUCUGGCAGGCUCAGGUCAACGGGCUCUUGGGCGUGUUGUCGAAAGGGAAGGAGAAAGAAGCAUUCAGCGCCUACAAAGUGACGGAAAGUCUCGGCUUCGUCGUCGCGUUUUUCAUCAGCAGUCGACUCUGCACAGUGUACAAACUCAGCCUCCUCGUCGCCUUCCUCGUUCUUGGCAUGAUCGCCUACUUCAUUUUGGAAUACAUCGAGGCAAAAAGCUCUCGAGAAACGAAAUUAAAAAAAGAAGAUCGAUGCAUGAAAUCCCCAUCCCAUGUCACCAAACGGCGGCGAGGAAAAGCCUCGGUGCGUGAGCCGUCCGCCUCGGGGCGUGAGCCGUCCGCCGCGAGCGGAAAGGAAUUGCGCGGAGGAGGUCGGAGCCGAUCCGGACUUUCCUUUCGGCUCUCUUCGUUCUCGGUGCUUCGGAUCACACAUCAGUGUCACACAGCAGCGACGGUCGCGACGGUCAUGACGGUCGAGACCGGCACCGACGAUGACGUCAUCAGGAGGAAGAAACGAGUCAUCUGGAAGAACGUGCUGGUGGUGAGCACGUCCUUCCUCCUCCUCUUCCUGAGUUUCAGCACGGUGUCGAACCUCCAGAGCAGCAUCAACGCGCGGCACGGGCUGGGGACGGCGUCGCUCGUGACGGUCUACGGCUUCCUCGUCUUCUCCUCGCUCUUCCUCACGACGUUCGCGAUCGAGCGGCUGACCGCGAAGUGGACCAUCUUCGCCUGCUCCGUCGUCUAUCUCGGGUUCAUCGCGGCGCAGUUCGAGCCCACGGCCUGGACGCUGCUCCCGUCGGCCGCGGCAGUGGGCCUGGCGGCCGCGCCGCUCUGGUCCGCCAAGUGCACGUACCUCACGGUCGCCGGGGACGCGUACGCCGAGGUCACGGGGCAGGAGCGGCAGGCCGUCAUCAUGAGGUUCUUCGGGGUUUUCUUCAUGCUCUUUCAGGGAGCCGGCAUCUUCGGCAACCUCGUUUCGUCCACUGUUUUGGGAAUCGGAAGCUCCGGAGGCAGAAACACGACGAGAAACGUGGAAGAAAUGUGCGGAGUGAACUUCUGCGAGUCGGCAAUCGAAGAGAACGAGAACCUGGAGCGACCGGACGAGAAGGCGAUCCAGAUCCUCUCGGGGACGCUGGUGGCCGUGGCGUGCCUCUCGUCGGGUCUCGUCGCCUUCUUCCUCGAUCCCUUGCACAGACUAGGAGGACGGCGGGAGGAGUCGAGCGGGGCCGACGGAGGGAUGCAGUUCGCCCUGGCCACACUUCGCCAGCUGAAGACGCCUCGCCAGGCCCUCAUCUCCUUCCUCGUCUUCUUUGGGGGACUCGAGCAGGGAUUUCUGGGAUCGGAUUACACCAAGGAUUUCGUGGGAUGCGCAUGGGGAAUCAGGUACAUCGGAUACAUGAUGGCCUGCUUCCACGCAGCCAAUUCCAGCUGCUCCUUCCUCUCCGGCUGGCUGGUGAAAUACGUGGACCGGCUGUACAUCUUCAUCUUCGCAGGCCUCCUUCAUGCAUCCACGCUGCUCGCCUUGUUCUUCUGGCAUCCUUCGCCCGACCAUGCUUGGGCGUUCUUCGUCGUCGCCGGUGCUUGGGGCAUCUGCGAUGCCGUCUGGCAGGCUCAGGUCAACGGGCUCUUGGGCGUGUUGUCGAAAGGGAAGGAGAAAGAAGCAUUCAGCGCCUACAAAGUGACGGAAAGUCUCGGCUUCGUCGUCGCGUUUUUCAUCAGCAGUCGACUCUGCACAGUGUACAAACUCAGCCUCCUCGUCGCCUUCCUCGUUCUUGGCAUGAUCGCCUACUUCAUUUUGGAAUACAUCGAGGCAAAAAGCUCUCGAGAAACGAAAGUCGAGGAAAAUCCCCUGAAGGCCGCUACGAGCACAAUUGAUAACGAUGUCACGUUUCGCUCCCUGUUCGAUAGAGAAGCCAGACGCACGAUGGAGGCGAGGAAGGAGAAGCGGAGGAUUUGGAAAAACAAUCUCAUCAUCAGUUUCUCCUUCGUCCUCCUGUUCUUCAGUUACAGCACGGUGGGGAACUUGCAAAGCACCAUCAACGCCGAGCAUGGUCUGGGGACGACGUCCCUCUCCGUCCUCUAUACGGGACUCGUUCUGUCCUCCCUCUUCCUCACCACCGUCUCCCUCAAGACCCUCUCCCCGAAAUGGACCAUCUUCCUCUGUUGCCUUCUCUACGUGCCGUAUAUGGGAGCGCAGUUCUAUCCCACCGCGUGGACGCUGAUACCGUCGGCUGUGGUCAUCGGUAUGGCGGCUGCUCCGUUGUGGUCUGCGAAGUGCACCUACUUGACCGUUGCUGGAAAUGCCUACGCUGAACUGUCGCGAGAGGAAAAGGGGGUCGUCAUCACCAGGUUCUUUGGAGUCUUUUUCAUGCUCUUCCAGGUGGCUGGCGUUCUUGGGAACGUCAUCUCUUCUGUGGGUCUGGUCACGUGGGGAUCGAACGAAAAGCAGAAUUAUACUCAAGAAGUGGAAGAGGACGUUUCCCGCUGUGGAGUGAAUUUUUGCGAGGAAGAAGUGGGGAGGAACGAAAACCUGGCGAGACCGAACGAGCAGGCCAUCCAUAUCAUAUCGGGGAUAGCGAUGUCCAUGCCGCUUAUCGCUGCUGCUCUCGUUGCUUUCUUCCUUGAUCCCCUCCAAAGGACAGAAGAAGAGAAAGAUGAUUCCAAACCAAAAAUCCGUGAAAUUUUCACCAUAGCAAUGUCUACCAUCAUGCAAUUCAAGCAACCCUAUCAGGCUCUCUUAUCCCUGGCAAUAUUCUUCGGUGGGGUAGAGCAAGGUUUCAUCACUUCCGACUACACAAAGGAUUUCGUGGGAUGCGCAUGGGGAAUCAGGUACAUCGGAUACAUGAUGGCCUGCUUCCACGCAGCCAAUUCCAGCUGCUCCUUCCUCUCCGGCUGGCUGGUGAAAUACGUGGACCGGCUGUACAUCUUCAUCUUCGCAGGCCUCCUUCAUGCAUCCACGCUGCUC